AUGCCAUUCCAGACGUCGUUUCCUUGUCUACGCCCAGAUACUACACCCCACAUAGUCCCUCUGCCUGGUGUAUCUUACCAGUUCAAUGUUCCCAAACCAGAUGGUCUCAAAGCUUUACAAUUACUGAAAUACCCAGGAAUUGAGGGAUUGGACGAGGCCCUCGACAGUGAAAUCAAGGAGCGGACGAGUAGUUCUGAUGUAUUUCAUUUGUUUGCAAAAUUUGAGGCAGAGUUCCUUCUUCCAGAGCAGGGAAAUAACGUAUACACAUGCUUAGUGCCCACUAGCGACACAGCUUGUUCAAGAGGAUGUAUUGCGAAGUUGCAAAGCUUUAAAACGGAGAAAGAGAUGAUGAUACUCAAUUUUAAGGGAAUUAGAAGGGCGACAAUCAUAAACCCGGAGCUGAACCUUCACAAUGAGAUUUGGAUUGGUACCCUAAUUAUCCAUAAGGAUGCUGAACUCAUGAGUGGUUUGAACGCGAAGGCACGUACUCAAGCUGUGAGAGAUGUCCAGCGGUGCUUUCGAAAAAUGACUACCUGCUUCAAGGUGUUUAAGUCCCGUUACAGAAAGGCUUUGGGAGAUAAAGAUAACGAUUUUGGCCGCGUUUUGCUGAUCUCUCCACUAGCUAACAUGCUCUUUCUUCAACUCAAUAGAGAAUCGUUCCUCAAGUCAUGGGACUCUCUUGCUCGUGCUUGCAAACUGUUUGAAGCCAUGAUCGCAGAGGUUCAAGAAGUUGAGGCACUUUUGUUGCUGUUAGAUAUGGCAGUUUCUAUUUUACCUCUGACACAUUCUCAACGGUUGCGAUUUUUGUCACUGGACAAAGCCAGUGAGAGGCUGGCAGAAUUUAUCACCAUAGAGCAAAAGCUUACCGCCCUCCUAACGGAACUUUACAACUCUGUCAAAGCUUUUGAAGGUCAGCUCCAAGAACUAACAGCUCAAGAGAAGGCCAAUUUUGUCGCGUUGCAUCUUAGUGCUUUGCGCAGCUUCUUGGGAAUUUCGCGCAAAGCUCGCAACAGAAUUGACAGUGCUGGUGUCAAGGGCUCAAGAGAAGCAGUAGCGCGAUCAGGCGGUAAUGCUCAAGAUGAUGAUGACGAUGAUGGCUCCAUACUGGAGAGAUUUUUGGAUGGUUUAAGCGAGAACGAAAUUCAUCCAGAUGGGCGCAAAAUGCUACGUAAAGACCUGAGAAGGCUCAAAAAAAUGCACCCGCAAAACUCCGAAUAUCAGGUUCUCAAGAACUAUUUUGAUGUGAUAAUGGACAUUCCCUUCAAAACCAGUGAAGCAAAAAUUAACCCAGUGGAUCUUCAGCAGUCUAAAGAAAAACUGGACGCCGACCAUUUUGGUUUACGUGAUGUCAAGAAGAGACUCGUCGAAUAUUUAUCCGUUUUGAAGUUAAAUGAGAGUUUUGCAGCCUCGGAAUUACAAGCCAAACCUCCCAUACUGCUCUUAGUUGGACCUCCCGGAGUUGGAAAGACCUCUAUUGCCAAGUCCAUCGCCGACGUUUUGGGCCGCAAAUUUCACAGAAUAUCACUGGGUGGGAUAUAUAAUGAAGCAGAGAUCAGAGGGCACCGCAGAACUUAUGUGGGUGCCAUGUGCGGGUUGAUUAUCAAUGCAUUGCGCAAGAGCGGCUCAAUGAAACCACUGAUUUUGCUGGACGAAAUCGACAAGGCCUUAAGUUUAACUGGCAGUGGUCGGGGUGGUCGUGGUGCUAGUUUAAAUGGGGAUCCAGGCGCAGCGCUGCUGGAGGUAUUGGAUCCAGAGCAGAACUCUACAUUCACCGACCACUACGUUGGGUUCCCGGUUGACUUGUCUAAUGUUCUAUUUUUCUGUACUGCAAAUGACACUGCAGAGAUUUCAGCGCCCUUGCUGAAUCGAAUGGAAGUCAUAGAAAUACCAGGAUAUACUCUUGAGGAAAAGAUCGAGAUUGGUUCCAAGUUCCUACUCCCUAAGCAAAUGAGACUCAAUGGCCUGGACAAGGUUGGAUCCUCCGUGGAGCUUACCAGAGACGCAUGGAAUGAACUAGUCUCCGAGUACACGAGAGAGCCUGGUGUCCGCAGCCUGGAACGGAAACUAGCAGGUUUAGUACGAGGCAAGAUCGUCGAUUAUGUGAAUGGGACGGAGAAAAGCCAACCUAAGGUAAUUACGUCUAGCGAGCUUGUCAAAUACUUGGGAUUUCCACUACACCCUGUGUCGAAAGAUUUGGUCAAAAACGUCAGGUUCGCAGAAAAAAGUGGCGUGGUCAAGGGACUUGCUUAUAGUUCUGAUGGUGUUGGCGGGGUGCUGGUUUUUGAGAUUGUACGAACAGGGACAUUGAAUGGGGACCAAAGCGGGCCUAAGGUUCGCACAACAGGAAAUUUGGGGAACCUGCUUAAUGAGUCGAUUGAGAUUGCCACUGCGUUGGUGAAAUCGUUGCGAGAGCGAAAAGUCGUGGAGGGGAUGUCCCAAGAUCCUUUCGAAGAGUUUUUACACUCGGAGCUGCACUUGCAUGUGCCAAUGGGCGCUGUAUCGAAAGACGGACCCAGUGCAGGCCUUGCUAUAACACUGGCGUUGCUAUCCACUGCGUUUAAAAUGCCCGUUAGUCCCGAUUUGUGCAUGACCGGGGAGAUAACUUCGCGGGGCAAAGUGCUGCCCAUUGGCGGCGUCAAAGAAAAACUGCUGGGAGCUCGGCUUUUUGGCAUGAAGCGCGUCAUGGUACCUCUAUCGAAUCGCUCUGACGUGAUCGAAUCUGUGAUGGAGUCUGAAUUCUUCGAGCAGUGUUUGCGUUCGAGCGGAUUUCCAGAGGUCGCCGCUGUUCAAGAGAAAUGGCAUUUGGAGCUACAUUACGUCGAUGACUUAUUUGAUGCUAUUGGAAUUUGUUGGCCGCAGAACUUCCAUGUAAAAGAUACCACCUUGUUCAUGUUACCCACCAGCAAACCCAUGAGGGCAUCGUUGUGA